AUGAUUGGUCAUAAGAUUAUAGUACUGGAAUCAGCAAGAUACAUCAAGCGAUAUAUGUCUACGCAGCUAUCUAAGCUCCCAAAGAGUUCUUCUUUCACAGAUUUUCUAUCUCCUGAUGCAAAAAUUCCAACUGAGUCUGCUGCACUAGAGAAUAAAGAUAAUAUUGCAAAUACUCCCAGGAUAUUGUCUCUGGGAAGCUUUUCCUGGACUUUACCAGAGCCCAGGCAAGAAUACGUGUAUUUAAGCUCUAGUGAGGUUGCAUUGAGAGACUUGGGACUUUCUGCUUCGGAAGUGAAUAAUGAAGAUUAUCAAAAAAUUGUCAGUGGCCAAUUUUAUUUGGAAAAUAAAGAAAAAUUUCGAGAAAUGGGAUACCCAUUUCCAUACUCUCAGGCAUAUGCUGGGUGGCAAUUCGGCCAGUUUGCAGGUCAGUUGGGUGAUGGGAGAGUUGUGAACUUGUUUGAGGUACCUAAAGUUAGCGACAAUAAAAUGAAUAGGAAAAUAUAUGAGCUACAAUUGAAAGGUUCAGGAAAGACACCAUAUUCUAGAUUUGCUGAUGGAAAAGCCGUUUUAAGAUCCUCGAUUAGAGAGUAUAUAAUCUCGGAGCACUUAAACUCUAUUGGUAUUCCAUCAACGAGGGCUCUUUCUUUAACAUAUCUUCCAAAGACAUAUGCUCAAAGGGAAGGUGCUGAAAAAUGUGCUAUUGUUUCAAGAUUUGCUGAACUGUGGGUACGAUUAGGAUCGUUCGAUCUUUACAGAUGGAGAGGAGAUAGGAAGGGUAUAAAAGAUUUAUCCGACUAUGUUAUAAAUAACCUUUUCACUUAUGGAGAUUCAAAAUUUAAAUACUACGAAGAUUUGAUGAAGAUAAAAUCAGAUUUCUAUAAUGAAUCCAAAGACGUUAUCGGUGAACUAAGUGAUUAUGACAAGAUGUAUUUCGAGAUAAUAAUAAGGAAUGCGGAAACAACUGCAAUGUGGCAAUGCUAUGGGUUCCUCAAUGGUGUAUUGAAUACCGAUAAUACUUCUGUUCUUGGUUUGUCUAUGGACUUUGGCCCUUUUUCUAUUAUGGAUAAAUAUGAUCCAAACUAUACUCCAAAUUCAGAAGAUCACGAAUUGCGAUAUGGGUACCGUAAUACUCCUACUGCUAUUUGGUGGAAUUUAACUCGAAUGGGUGAGAAUGUGGCUGAAUUGAUAGGGGCAGGUCCCAAAGUUUUGAAUACUGAGGAAUUUGAUAAUCUCUCACUGUCGCCUGAGUUGCAGGAUAAGAUUAUAAAACGGGCUACUAAAAUAAUUGAAGGAGGUGGUCAAAUCUUUCAAUACGCUUUCACUUUAAAAUAUGUAGGUACUUUUUUCAAGCGAUUGGGUAUUUCAAACGAUUCAAUUGAUAUGCGGAAUCCAGAAAGACAUUACGAAGAAUUUAUUGAACCCAUGUUAGGUGUUUUAAAGAAGCUUCAAUGUGACUUCAACAAAUUUUUCCUCCAAAUUCAGUCGCUAAACAUUGAGAAUGAACAGAAUACUUCAGAAAGUCUAGCCACGUCUUUUGUAUCAAAAAUAUAUAAGGACGACGAGGCUAGAUAUCUGAAAGAAGAGCUAAUCGAAGAUACCGCCGCCUGGUUAGAUUUGUAUAGAAAUUUACUCAAGGAUUCCGAUCUGGCAGUGUCGAGAGCUAGUAUCAGUUCAAACCGUAAUCCAUUGUUUUUACCUCGCAACUGGAUCUUAGAUGAAGUCAUACAAUACACCAAUGACAGUAAUGGAGAAGAUUUGAGUUAUUUAAAGAAACUCGAGAGGAUGAGUCUUUAUCCGUACGAUAAAUCAAAAUGGGGUGAUGAUUUGAAGGAGCUUGAAGAGAGAUGGUUAGUUCAAGGUGAUGUCGAUGAGUAUCACUCGAUGCUUCAGUGCAGCUGCUCUAGUUGA